UGUAUAUGUGAAUAUGCUUCUCUAAACCGAAGGUAAAAAGGGAAAAAAAUAAAAACGUUCACAGUGGGAUUCGAACCCACAAUCUCCCGCUCCGGAGGCGAGCGCCUUAUCCAUUAGGCCAUGCGAACGCCUCAAUAUUCUCAAUUUCCCUAAUUAUUUAUUUAAACAAAAAUCAGUAAAAUUCAUCUUCAACAAACCCAGAUUAAUGGCUGAUUCCUUUCUUCUUCACUUCUUGUUCUUCCUCAUCUUCUCUUUCUACAUUUCUCCACAUAAACCCUAACUAAAACCCCCCUCUUUCUCUCUCUUUCUCUCUCCUCUGACCAAAAAUUCCAUAACAACAAUGGCGUUGACCACUCCAAAUCUCUUCUUACACAGCCCUAAAUUGAAUUUCUCCCGCAAAAAAUCACUUCCUUUCGCAUUUUCUUCCUCCACUUUUCGCCCGCCUUAUCCUUCUUCUUCAUCUUCUUAUCUCAGGGUUAAUCGAAUUGCCCCUAAAAAUUAUGGAAGAGUUGUUUGUUCUGCUGCUGGGAGUUCGGGUUCCGACAGCGAAUUAAACCCUUAUGAGGUGCUUGGAGUGAGCCCCAUUGAAGGAUUUGACACGAUUAAGACGGCCUAUAGUAGAAAACGCAAAGACGCUGAACGGAGAGGUGAUGAAGCCACUGCUGCUAUGCUAGAAAGGGCUUAUGACAAGAUCAUGAUGGCUCAAUUAACUAAGAGGAAGAAAGGGGAGACAUUUGGCUCAUUUAAGGUUUCAAAGGAUAUUAAAUAUGCUGAUAAGCAGCCAGUGGUAUCAUGGGGACCCAGGUCCAGUAAGUCUGAUGUCAAGGAUAUACGUAUCAACAUGGCUAUAUCUGCUGUAUUUAUAGCUUGGAUAUUCAUCAAGCAGAAUGCUGAAUGGAAGCCAAUACAAUUUCUGGGUUUUGUUUUUGUGUAUCGAAUUUUUGAGAAGUUAAAAGCCUUUGAACCACCAGCGUCUCCAACGUUCACUGAAGAUGGUGAGGAUGAUGGACGGGGUCUACGAAUGGGGAAACGCCUUCUUCGAUCUCUUUGCCUAGUGUUUGGUUGUAUUGGUCUUGCUUCCUUGGCUUUUACUGGUGUUCUGAAUCUGAUAGAGUAUUCUGGCAAUUACAUACCUGCGGCCCUUUACAAUAGUCAGGAACUAAUUGUCACUUCUUUAUCAGCCAUCAUUCUCUUCAUCCUGGCAUCGUAUUAUAGAUGAUACAGAGUGUAUGAGUUAUUCCAGUCUCUUAAACUUGGUAACCAAUUUUUUAUUGAUUCUAAAUGCUGAGUUACGACUGCCAAAUUUUGUCAAACUACACUCAUCCUUACCUGCUGCUCAAUAUGAGUACCUAUGUAGUGUAGCUUGUCCAUAGAUGUAAAUUACGGAUAAGUUUUCUCCUUUCUACCGUUUUGUAUGCAUCAAUUACUACGGCAGCUAACGCGCGCAAUGCGCGCUCCAUAGCUAGUCAUGUCCAGGAAGUUCUUUCGGUU